CCGCGCCCGCCGCCACGCGCCGCCGGUGGAGGAGGAGAAAGAGAGGAGGAGGAGGAGAGGAGGAAGAAGGAGGAAGGGAAGGAGAGGAGGAAGAAGGAGGAAGAAGAAGGAGGAAAGAGAGGAGGAGGAGGAGAGGAGGAAGAAGGAGGAAGGGAAGGAGAGGAGGAAGAAGGAGGGAGAGAAGGAGGAGGAGGAAGAAGGAGGAAGAGAAGAAGGAGGAGGAAGAAGGAGGAAGGAGGAAGAAGAAGGAGGAGGAGGAGGCGCUCCGGUCGUCGUUGUCACGUUCCCGACGUUUCCGUAUCACUAGAGAAGAGCCAGUCGGAGCGGCGCCGGAGUACCUCGGCGACCCCGAUCGCCUUCCUUGGCGCUGCGAGACUGCCUGCACCACGUCGCCUGACUCCACCGCCACCCUAGGUAUAACCCCUCUUUCCGUAUCAUGUUGUAGAUCACGUAACCUAGUUAGGCGUCUCCCGUUCGAAAGAGAUACGGUUGGAAAUAUGCAGAUAUUUGCAUAUCUAAAACCGUAUCUGUUUCGAAUUGUCCACGUUUUUUGGACAGCACGCGGAUGCGUAGGUGGGGUUAGUUUUCAUGAUCUGCUCCGAUCGGAGACAGAGUUUCGGCAUCAUCUCCCUGUUGUUCUCCGGAUACACACUCUCCCUAGCAGGACGUGUAUUUGGAGAACAGCGGGGAGGUGCUGCCGAAAUUCUGUCUCGAAUAGGAGUAGAGAAUGGAAACUAACCUCAUCUACGGAUCCUCGUGUGGGAUUAGGACCUAACCUCACCUAUAAGAUAGUAGGAACGUCGUGUAGAUGCAAUUGAUGUUUAUAUUACUCGCCGCUAUAUAUGUUAGAGGAUGGAGGACCGUGAGUGGAUGUACACGGGCCGCGCAAGUCAGGGUCAGGUCACCAAUGAAUGGAUCGACAAGACCGAUGCUUUUUUGGAACGGGCAUUUGGCGUGGCUGCUAAAGGAGCGAGUAAAAUUUGCUGUCCCUGCAGCAAAUGUGCAAACAGGAAAAGACAAACGAAGAAGGUAAUGGGGGAACAUCUUUGGAAGAAUGGAUUUACGGCAGACUAUACCCGGUGGGUCUACCAUGGUGAAGCCGAUCGUACGAGAGAGGAGGUGGUGAGGCCACGCGUCGAGGAUUAUGAUGCUGAGGCCGGGGUAGCAAACAUGUUAAAUGACUAUCACGAGGCACAGUUCGCUGAAGGACGUACGGAGGAGGAGCCAGAGGCAACCGCAAAGGCGUUUUACGACAUGUUUGCCGCGGCACAGAAACCCCUCAACGGCCAGACAAAGGUUUCUCAACUGGAUGCCAUUGGACGCAUAAUGGCGUUGAAGUCCCAGUAUAGCCUGAGUCGAGACGCCUUCGAUGGUAUGUUGACAGUUAUUGGCAGCCUGCUUCCGGAGGGUCACCUUCUGCCAAAGAGCAUGCACGAGUCACAGAAACUCCUUCGUGCACUUAAGAUGCCGUAUGAGCAGAUACAUGCUUGCCCGAAGGGGUGCGUCCUAUUUAGGAAAGAAUACGUGGAAGCAAAGUACUGUCCAAAGUGUAAAUCAUCUAGGUUCCUGGAGGUAGAUUCUGGUGAUGGCCAGAAGAGGCAGCUUGACAUUCCCGUGACAAUCCUACGGCACCUUCCGUUCAUACCGAGGAUCCAACGGCUAUACAUGACCGAGGAAUCCGCGAAACAGAUGACAUGGCACAAAAAUGGCAAACGAUACAAUCCUGACAGGAUGGUACAUGCAUCCGAUGGUGAAGCAUGGACCCACUUCGAUGGCAUUCAUCAUGAGAAAGCUAAAGAGGCUCGUAAUGUACGUGUUGCGCUGGCAACAGAUGGGUUCAAUCCUUAUGGAAUGAUGGCUGCCCCAUACACAUGUUGGCCCGUGUUCGUUAUCCCCCUCAAUCUCCCCCCCGGCAUAUGCUUUCAACGACAGAACGUAUUCUUGUCGUUGAUAAUUCCUGGACACCCGGGGAAUAAUAUGGGUGUGUUCAUGGAGCCUGUGAUUGAUGAAUUGGUCCGUGCUUGGGAGGAAGGGGUAUGGACAUACGACCGAGCUACAAAGAAAAACUUCAAAAUGCAUGUUUGGUACCACUACUCCCUGCAUGACUUCCUGGCGUAUGGGAUAUUCUGCGCCUGGUGUGUUCACGGGAAGUUCCCAUGCCCAGUAUGCAAGGAAGGUCUGAGGUUCAUUUGGUUGCAGAAGGGUGGCAAGUAUUCAUCGUUCGACAAACAUCGGCAAUUCCUCCCUCUUGACCAUGCAUUCAGACGAGACAUCAAGAACUUUACGAAAGGUGUCGUAGUGACAGACCCUGCACCACCGAUAAUGACUGGUGCCACGGUUCGUGAACAGAUAGAUGGUCUCGUGGUCAAUCCAGAAGGUGGUUUUGUGGGAUAUGGUGAGCAACAUAUGUGGACUCAUAAGUCGGGCUUGACUCGGCUCCCCUAUUUUGAUGACCUUCUCCUUCCACACAACAUUGAUGUAAUGCACACUGAAAAGAAUGUUGCCGAGGCACUUUGGGCAACAAUCAUGGACAUUCCUGACAAGUCAAAGGACAACGUUAAGGCUAGAGUGGAUCUGGCAACGAUAUGCGAUAGACCAAACCAACAUAUGAAGCCUCCUAGUCGCGGCAAGACAUGGAGAAGGCCUAAGGCCGAUUUUGUCUUGAGCAAGCCUCAAAGGAGGGAAGUACUAGAAUGGAUCCAGACGUUAAUGUUCCCUGAUGGGUAUGCAGCUAAUCUGAGGAGGGGAGUGAACUUAUCUACUAUGCGAGUCUUAGGGAUGAAGAGUCAUGACUACCACAUAUGGAUUGAGCGGCUUCUUCCGGCGAUGGUUCGGGGCUAUGUCCCUGAGCAUGUCUGGCUAGUGCUAGCAGAGUUGAGCUAUUUCUUUCGCCAGCUUUGUGCCAAGGAGUUAUCUCGGACCGUGAUUGCUGACUUGGAAAGAAUGGCACCUGUGUUGCUCUGUAAGUUGGAGAAGAUCUUUCCACCCGGCUUCUUCAAUCCGAUGCAGCAUUUGAUUUUGCACCUCCCGUACGAGGCACGAAUGGGGGGGCCCGUGCAGGGCCGUUGGUGCUAUCCAAUCGAGAGAUGUCUAAAGGUUCUUCGAAAGAAAUGUAGAAAUAAAUGCAAAAUCGAGGCUUCCAUUGCAGAGGCAUACAUUCUGGAGGAGGUGGCGAACUUCACAACAACAUACUAUGGUGACCACCUCCCUAGCGUGCAUAAUCCACCCCCUCGUUACAAUGCUGGCGAAAAUGAAUCGAACCUCAGCCUUUUCCGAGGCCAACUCGGAAGCGCAAGUGCAUCGACCCCCAAGACCUUGAAUCAUGAAGAGUGGCGCCAUAUCAUGCUAUACGUGUUGACCAACCUUGACGAAGUGGCACCGUACAUGCAGUAAGUUCUCAACGAACUUGUUAAAUACGCCAUCACUAUUCUGCAUCCAACCCCCUUGUUUCUCGUUGGUACAGGGAAUUUCUUCAUGAAUUCUGGCGUCAAUCAAGGGAUCCUACCCCGCAGCAGGUAGAUACCCUUCUUAGACAGGGUGCGGGAAAUGG